CCGGGAGGAGCGGCGCCCUCCUCAGCAGGCGCCGCCCGGCGUCCGCGCUCCGGGCAGAGCGUGCGGCGGGCGCCGGGCGUGGGGCGCGGAGGCGGCUGUCCCGUGACGGGCCCGGACAUUUUUGUCCCGUGAGGGAUUGGCGCUGGCGCGGGGGUCUCCCCUGCGCGCGCCUUGGGUGGCGUGUGGGCUCCCGGGGGGGUGGCGAACUGAGGGUAGUGCGGCCCCGUGAGGAGUUAGGAGUUUUUCCUGAGGGGUGUAAUGACCGCCCGGGAGCGGGUGUCGCGCGGCGGAAACCGCGGCGAGGGCUGCCGGCUCUUCAGAAAGGCUUGGAGGUGGCCCCGAGGACGCUUAGGGCUCGACUCGGGACGAAUCUGCUGUUGGGGGAAGCGCCCCAAGCCCGUCGGGAGUCUUUGCAGCACAGACGCACCCCCUCCCCCCGCCCCCGGCAUAAAGUGCAGCAAGACGUGCGGGGCGUGGAGCCCUCGCCCGGCCCCGGGCGGACUGGCUGGGCCCGGCCAAAUAGUGCCCGGGGAGGCUCCGGGUGCGGCCAGCAGUGAACUUCUAGCAGCGGGGCGGCUGGGCGUUGGGGGUGGGCAGGGGCGGGUCCCGGAUGUGGGGGUGGCCGACCCAUGCACCCUCUGGCCCCUCCUCCAGCGGGCGCUCGGGGGGCCUGCGAGGGUGGCUGUCUUGGUGGGAUGGGAGUUAGUGUUUCAGCGCUGCAAUAUGGACACUUCCUGUUCUCUUGGGCCCUUGGUUAUCUCUGCCCUUACCGGGAAGAAAAAAAGUCUUAGCGUGCAAAGAAAUGACACAUACUUUAUUUCUUCUACCCCAACUCCGAGGUUGUGGGAGGAGGUUAUUAUUUUCAGGUUUUAUCACCCCAAGAAAAUUAUAGUCUUUGACCACCCAGAGGAGUCUUUUUCCCCCCACCUCAGGUAUAUGUUAUAUGCUUAG